AUGGCGCCUGAAGCGGUGCCACCGGUGCCCGCACCCUCACCUCGCAGUGCCCAGAGGAUGGUGCCACUGGCUGCCUACGAGCCGAAGGCGUACUGGCAACGAGUGAGGGCAUUGUACGCAUCAUCAACAGCGGUGAUCUUGGGGAACGUCUUGGAAUGGUACGACUGGACGGUCUUCGGCUAUAUGCAAGACAUCAUGAAAGACGUCUUUGGAUCUGGCAGUGGCUCGCAGGCCUGGUUGCUGUUUGCCGUGCCCUUCCUGGCCCGACCUUUGGGCAGUGUCUUCUUUGGAUGGAUUGGCGACGUCUGUGGCCGCGCCACGUCAUUGAAAAUUGCCAUCUGGGGCAUGGCACUGUGCACUGUGCUGCAGGGCUGCUUGAUCCCCAACACCCCAGGCGUCGCGGUGCUUCUGGCAGGGUUGCGGAUCGUGACGGGGCUUUCGGCAGGUGGCGAGUCCGCGGGCGUCAACACCUACAUGUCUGAGGUGGGAGACGAGGGCCGAGAACACACGCUGGGCGCAGCCAUCGGCGUGAACAAUCUCAGCGGUUCUUUAGCUUUCCUUCUUGCCAACGUGGUGUUGCUGCUGGUGCAUCUCCUCCCUCGAGAGCAACAACUUGCCUGGGCGUGGCGCGUGCCCUUUCUGCUGGCUUUGCCACUGGGGGUGGCUUCCAUCAUCCUGAGGAGGCACGUGCCGGAGACGGAGGCCUUUCGCAGGAAGGUGGAGAUGGAGACUGCUCGGACCCAGCCUGUGGACUCCGAUGAGCCGGGUGAAGGGAGCUCUCUAUCACCGCAGCAGAAGGAGGAAGCUCAGGUCUCUCCGACCAAGGUCAAGGAGCCCAGGUCUCAGUGGCUGUGGCUGUCGCAUCUGCGGCUGCUGCUGCUGGUGGUGAUGGUCUUGUCUGCGGUGAAUAGCUGCAACUACUUGCCCAUCUACUUGGUCUCGUGGUUGGAGGAGGAAGCCCAGUUAAGUCCUUCGCUGGCGCUCAGCAUCGCCGCAGUGGCCAAGGUGGUGCAGAUGCUCAUGACUUUCCCCGUCUCCUUCGCCACGGACCGCUACGGCGCCACCAAGGUAAUGCUGUUAGGCGGCGGUUCCGUUAGCCUCGUGGCAGUUCCCUGUCUUUGGCUGGUGAUGGCCAGCUCCGGAGGCGAAUGCUGGUCCGGCUUUCUGGUCCUGGGGCUGCUGCUACCGGUCUUGAUUUCGAUCUAUCUGAUCCCUUCCAAUCUCUUCAUGACCUGCGUCUUCCCGACUCCCAUGCGUGCGCGCGGAUGCGGCCUGUGUUUAGGGCUGGCGUCCAUCGCGGGUGGCCUGACACCCAUGAUCGCAUCGCAAUUGGCACAGCAGGGUGAGCUAUGGCCAGGCGCCUUCAUCUCCCUGCUGUCGCUGCCCUCGUUGGCGGUGCUGCUGUGGAGUCGUCGGGAGAAGGCGAAGAGUCGCCUGGCGGUCUAUCAACGGCCCUGGCUCUUCUAA